GUUAUCUAUAUCGGUGUAGCUGCUGACUGUACUUAUGUUCAGCACUACAAAAGCAAGGAAGCAGCACGCAUGCAGAUCGUGAAUGAUUUCAAUACGGCCUCUGUAUUGUUUGAAGACACUUUUAAUAUCACAUUGGGUCUGAUAAACAUCACAUUGAUGGAUCGAACUUGUUCUGCAAGUGUCAAUAAUGAUGUUGCAUGGAAUCGUCUAUGUGAGCCAAAUUAUUCACUUUAUGAUCGCCUAAGUGACUUUAGCCUUUGGAGAAGCCAGUUGGCCCCAGAUGGAGCUGGUCUAUGGCAUUUAAUGACAAACUGUCCUAUCGGACUAGAAGUAGGACUUGCCUGGCUUGGACAACUUUGUAAUACUGGGUUGAGAAAACAGGAAGAUGAUUUUGGAAAGACGCGUUAUGUUUCCGGUGCCAGCGUAUCCUCUAUCACUAGAGAUGAAUGGAAGAUCGUGGCACAUGAGAUUGGGCAUUCCUUUGGAGCCAUUCAUGACUGUAAUUCCCAAUCAUGUCCAUGCACUUCGAAAAAGUGCUCUUGUUGCUCGUUAAGUAGCUAUGAAUGCAGCGCUGGUGGAGCAUACAUUAUGAACCCUACUAGUAAUUCGUCAGUGGAAAGAUUUAGCCCCUGCUCUAUCAACACUAUAUGCUCAUCGCUAUCCUCUGUCGCAACGUGUCUUUCAGAUCCUCAAGAUCAUGCACAAAACUUGUUCCAGUUGAACGUCUGCGGAAAUGGUAUCAAGGAAGAUGGAGAAGAUUGUGAUACAGGAGGCGUAGAAAGCGUUUGCUGUGAUCCUAAAACUUGCAAAUUUAUUAACGAUGCCGUCUGCGAAGAUAUCAAUGAAGGCUGCUGUCAUCAGUGUCACUUUCAGUCAAGUGAACAUGUAUGUCGACCAGCAGCAACGCUUUGUGAUAAACCUGAAUACUGUACAGGAUCUUCUGGUGCCUGUCCUCCCGAUACUUAUGAAAAUGAUGGUACCGCGUGUGGUCCUGAUGGCCUUACUUGCGUAUCGGGGCAAUGCACUUCAAGAGAUCAGCAAUGCUUUGCACGCGGAUAUGCAAUGAAUAUUACUAGUGCGUGCUCUGAAAGGUCAAGUGAGUGCAAGAUGCUCUGUGACUUUCCUGGAGACGAGGACAACUGUAUACUAUUCUCGGCAAAUUUCCUUGACGGUACUUCGUGUGGAGUCAAUGGAAAAUGUACAGAUGGAACAUGUAUAGAAGAAAAAAUACUACAAGAAAAAGAAAUACCCAAAGAAACGCAUCAUGACUAUGUAGCACUUCCAUUAAUAGUGCCGCUUACUUCUGUGAUGAUCUUGUUACUUUGUGCAGCAUGUUUAAUAGUUAUACUGAGAAGAAGAAAGAACACGCAGCAUAAUACAUUAGAGACUUCCGGAUCUUCAACACUUGCUUUAAUCCAACAUUAG